UUCUUAUCAUCUGACCUGUCACUCGUCUCAAUUCACAAUUCAAGGAUGCUAAAACUAAUUUACAGAGGGAUCUAGCGACGGUCAAGUAUAGCACAUAAUUCUUCUCAGGUAACAUGUCAGCCGACGAUUUGCGGCCGCCAAAGCGUACAAAACAGGCCUGUGAACCAUGCCGCCGGAAAAAAUCUAGAUGUCCCGGGGAGCGCCCGGCCUGCUCAUAUUGUGAACGGUUGGGACAGCCCUGCGAGUACGGCGACACUGUUGAAGAAGGAUCCGAGUUUUCCAAGAAAAUGGAAGACCGAAUAUCUGGUAUAGAAACCAAACUUGAAGCUAUGCUGGAAUGCUUCACUCAACAGUCCGCUCGGUCCCAUAUGCUCUCACCGGCUAGAACUCUUCGAAGCGGAAAUUUACGUUCGGGGACUACGGAUAACCUGCCCCGGCAAAUUAUUUUUUCUAGCGCCCAGACAUUUCUGUGGUAUUGCAAUCACCAGCCUAUUCCAUUCUUUCAUUCAGAAACUUUCCUCUCGACGGUCAGCGCUCGUGAUGUUGAACUGAUAGACGCGAUACAAGCGUUAGCUUUACGUUUCGAAGAGGGAGGCUUCCCUGACCAUGACAUCAAUCAACAGAUUCAAAACAAAACAGAAAGCUCUCGAAAGGCAGUCAUGAAUCGUAUAGCCGAAGGCACUGUUGAGUUGAGCACCUUACAAUCACUAUGCCUUUUGAGUAUGAUUGAUUUCACAGCUGGGAAUAUAAUACGGGCAGAAGUCAAUAUGAAACUUGCCAGGCUUUUAAUGAACAACCUGAAAAUGGGUAAAGAUGAAUAUCCAAUCAAUUUAGAAAGCGAAACAGACGAGAAAGUACUAUGUCAUUGGAGUAUCCAUAUGCUGGGCAACCUCAUCUGUGAUCCUUCUCAGUUAACUGCCACAGAAUCUAGUCAUAUUUGGAACGAAUUAAAUAUACCCCAACCUAUUCAUCAAUCGAAAGUUUCGGCAUUUGGCGUCGGACAAUAUCAAAACCAUUCCGACCUUAAACGGGAUAACGGUCUACUCGCAAAUAUACUCCAGCUUAGUGAGAUAUGGAUGUUGGCGAGAAAAUACACAAGCAUCAAGAAAAAUGUCAAUUCACCACCUCCUUGGUCUCCUCAAUCAGACUAUUCAAUCAUCACCUUCCGACAUAUCGAAUACGAGAGCCAAUCUCCAUUAAAAUACCGCCUACAUGCGAGUCGCUUCCCGGAAAUGUCUGCCGCAAGUCUAAAUCAAAAAAGGGAAUACUGGGGUCCUUGGCUCUUCUUGCAGCUUGUAUACCACGCAAUUCCAUGCCUUCUCAACCACCCGUUUUUACUCUCCGUGCGACUUAAGAAUUUUCGACAAACUAUGCCACAGUCCUUUUUGCGAAAUUCUUUUGAACAAAUUACACUACACGCAGGAUGGAUAUUGUAUUUUGUUGAUCUGCUCCAGGAAAAGGACUUUGAAGUUUCUGAUCCGACGUUGGGGCACUGCGUAGCGAUUGUAGCUACAAUAUACUUGCAACAUAGUUUUGUUGAAGAGGUAGCAUUCAGAGAAAAGGCUCAAGCUAGCUUUGAGAAGUGCCUCAAUUUUUUACAGCGCAUGGCAACUCGAUGGCCUCACAUUGAAAAACAGGUUAAGAAUCUGCUACAUUUGAGAAACAGUAUAUCCGGUAGUAGAGUACCGAAUAUAGGUCAACAAUCAAAUCGAAAUUCGCAUCAAGGGUGGACAGUAAAUGUCCACCUUUUAUGUGAAAUUUUAGAGUACAAUAGUGCCAGCAAAGCGUCUGAUCCUUCUGGAGACAUAUUUGGAUCGGGGCUUGUUAAAGACAGUAUUGCAUAUUACACUAGCACACCAGCUAGCCCGACCCCAGACCUAGACUUCGCAUUGAUCGGCACACCAGGUCUUUCGGGCCACAAAACGGUAGCGAACGAACUCGUCACUUACCCCCCGGAUGAGCUUCAAAGGAUUGAUCCAAAUAUGUCUCAAAUCUCACCACCAAAUAUUGAUUUGUCAGGACUAAUAGGGGAUCAGGGUUUUGAUGCGUUUGAUGCAUCGGAGAGUAGUUUCCUCCAACCUCAGGAGUAUGGCAGGGCAAUUGAAAACUGGCUAAAUUUUAAUGUCAGAUAGCUUCAAAUUCGGAUACCUGUUGCAUUUAUAUGUACAUUUUAUUAUUACAUUAUGGAAAUAUUAAUACCUUCGUUGGAACUUUUGAA